CCAUAGCGAAGCCAUAGUGAAUGAAUACAUGACGACAAACCGUAUCCCAAAAGUGAACCUGAUACAAGAUAGAAAGUGCUACAGACCUUCUCCAACCCAUAUUCUACCACAAUCGAAUCUCAUUUCGAUAUCAUCUACUACGCCUCUACAUCCCUCCCCGCACCAUCUCCGAUAUCGUCCCCAUCGUUCGGAACAGACACCCGCUGAUACUAGUUGCUAGCUGAUAAGCGUUCGGCAACAGAUCCCGACCGGAUACUUUUCCACCCCGCAUCUCACACUAUAUAGUCCAUCACCAAACACGCUACCUACACACUCAAUCAACAACCCCAACCCGACCAACCCGACCAACCCUUAAACCAACACAACACAACAACCCCCCCCUCACAAUGACCACCUCCACCACCCACCCUCACAUCCCCAAACCAGGAGUCUGGUGCCCCGCCAUCACCUUCUUCAACCCCACCACGGACACCCUCGACCUCCCCUCCCAAGCAAAAUACUACCACUACCUCUCAACCACCAACCUCACCGGCCUCGUCAUCCUAGGCACAAACUCCGAAGCCUUCCUUCUCACCCGCGAAGAACGCUCCCAACUCAUCUCCACCGCCCGAUCCGCCGUCGGCCCCAACUACCCCCUCAUGGCCGGCUGCGGCGCCCACUCCACAAAACAAGUCCUCGAACUAGCCCACGACGCCGCCGCCGCAGGCGCAAACUACAUUCUCGUCCUCCCCCCCGCAUAUUUCGGUAAAGCGACGACUCCCUCCGUCGUGAAGCGGUUCUUUCUAGACGUUGCCCGCAAAAGCCCCCUGCCUGUCGUGGUGUACAAUUUCCCGGGCGUGUGUAAUGGGGUGGAUCUCGAUUCGGGUAUCAUUGAGGAGAUUGUGAGGGAGUCGGCGAGGGAGAGUAGCAAUGGGGUGUCGAAUGUCGUGGGGGUGAAGUUGACGUGUGGGUCUGUGGGGAAGAUUACUCGUCUGGCGGCGCGGUUUGGGAGGGAUGAGUUUGCGGUUUUUGGGGGGCAGUCGGAUUUUUUGAUUGGGGGGUUGGCGGCGGGCUCGGCUGGUUGUAUUGCGGCUUUUGCGAAUGUGUUUCCGAAGACGGUGGCGAGGGUUUAUGAGUUGUAUAUGGAGGGGAGGGUGGAGGAGGCGGUGCAGUUGCAGAGGGUGGCGGCGUUGGCGGAGAGUCCGUGUAAGAGUGGCAUUGCGGCGACGAAGUAUGCGGCGGCGGUUUUUUCGGCGGUGGAGGCGGGGAUUGAGGAUACGAAGGAGAAGUUGAAGCCCAGGACGCCGUAUGAGGAGCCGGGAGAAGGGGUGAAGACGGUGGUGAGGGAGGUGAUGGCGGAAGUGGCGGGGAUUGAGGCAGGGUUGUAG